AUGAAUAGUACAAGCAUAGAGUUAACAACUUCUAAAACAAAUGAAAUACUAGAAUUAUAUAUAGAAAUUGAACAAGAUCUUCAAAUUUCAGUAGAUAGCACAAGUAUAGAGUUAACAACUUCUGAAACAAAUAAAAUACUGGAAUUAUAUAUGGAAAUUGAACAGGAUCUUCAAAUUUUAGUGG